AUGACGGAGCGCUAUGAAAUCCUGUUAAUGGUCGUUCCUAUUCUACCACGGUUGUCAGAGAAGUACCCACGAGAGGAUCCGAACUGCGAAGAUAACGCGACAUCCGGGUGGAUUGCAAUACAUUUUGCGGAGUGUGACAUUGACGGCACCCGUCCGGUUUCUGUGGUCCUUCUAAAGCAAUGA